GGAGCUAGUAAGUGAGAGAGAGGAAAAAAUUCGUUAAAAUGCUGGAGAUUGAAAGCCCUACGAGUCUCUGUUUCCGUGCAAACACUACUUGUAAUGCUCUGCUUCGAGAGCUUCAGAAAAUAUGGGUUGAUAUUGGUGAGAGUGAUGCUGAGAAAGACCGGAUGCUAAUGGAAUUGGAGAAGGAAUGUCUCGAAAUUUACAGGAGAAAAGUGGAUGAGGCUGCAAAUUCUAAGGCACAGCUUCAUCAAUCAUUGGUAUCAAUUGAAGCUGAAAUUGCUUCUUUAGUGGCUGCUCUUGGAGUGUUAAACAUCCACUCACCGAUCAAAGCAAAGGAAGGUUCAAAAUCAUUGAAAGAAAAACUUGCUGCUGUGAGGCCAAUGCUUGAAGACUUAAGAUUGCAAAAAGAUGAAAGAAUGAAGCAAUUUGUGGAUAUAAAAGCGCAAAUUGAGAAGAUGAGUGGUGAAAUCUCUGGAUACAGUGACCAACUCAACAAAGCAAUGCUUGGUUCUUUGGCUCUUGAUGAACAAGACUUGACUCUUCGGAAGCUUAACGAGUAUCAAACACAUCUCCGCUCGCUCCAGAAAGAGAAGUCGGAUCGUCUGAACAAGGUUUUGGAUUAUGUGAAUGAGGUGCACACUCUAUGCGGUGUUCUUGGAGUCGACUUUGGUCAAACUGUUAGUGAGGUUCAUCCGAGCUUACAUAGGACUGACCAUGAGCAGUCUACAAACAUUAGUGAUAAUACAUUGGAUGGUCUACAACACAUGAUUGAUAAGCUGAAAACCGAAAAGAGAGUCCGGUUUCAAAAGUUAAAGGAUGUAGCGGGGUCACUUUUCGAGCUAUGGAAUCUAAUGGACACAUCUCAAGAAGAAAGAACGAAAUUUGCAAGAGUCAGUUAUGUUGUAAGAUCAUCUGAAUCUGAUAUCACUGAGCCAAAUAUCCUUUCUACUGAAACAAUUGAACAGGUGUCUGCAGAAGUAGACUCUUUUAAUAAGCUGAAAGCUAGCAGAAUGAAGGAACUUGUGAUGAAAAGAAGGUCUGAGUUAGAGAAUCUUUGCAGAUUGGCUCACAUUGAGGCUGACACAAGCACAUCUCUUGAGAAAUCAACUGCUUUGAUUGAUUCUGGAUUAGUGGACCCUUCAGAGCUUCUUACAAAUAUUGAAUUGCAUAUAAACAAAAUCAAAGAAGAAGCACAUAGCCGGAAGGAAAUAAUCGAUAGGAUUGACCGCUGGCUAUCUGCGUGUGAAGAGGAAAACUGGCUAGAAGAAUACAAUCAGGAUGAAACCCGGUAUAGCGCUGGAAGAGGUGGACACGUAAACCUCAAGCAUGCAGAACGAGCCCGGAUCACAGUAAACAAGAUCCCAUCAAUGGUUGACAAUCUCAUCAAGAAAACGCUUUUAUGGGAGGACGAAACACGGAAAUCUUUUCUAUAUGAUGGUGUUCGAUUGGUAUCCAUACUUGAAGAUUAUAAAUUGACAAGGACACAACAGGAAGAGGAAAAGAAACGAUACCGGGAUCAAAAGAAGAUGCAGGAUCUCUUAAUAAAGCGGAGGGAGUCAAUUUAUGGAUCAAAACCGAGUCCAAGAAGAAGCAACAGUGUAAAAAAGCCCAACGGAUACAAUGGGGAUGCAUCUGUGCCUCCUACGCCUCGCAGAAACUCAGCUGGAGCAACAAAUACCGACAUUAUGACCCCAAGAUCUUACUCGAGCCAUCGCCAAAACGGAUAUUUCAAGGAAGUAAGGAGACUCUCAACAGCUCCUUUGAACUAUGUGGCCGUACCAAAGGAAGACUCUGUCUCUACGUACACUUCGAUGGUUGGAGGAUUUGCUCUAUGUGUUUCAUGUGGUGCCACUGCCACAACAUGUCAUCUCUGGGGCCAUAGAAUUAAAGGGAAAUUUGAACAUUUUAACAGCAUUACCCGUGUUAUCGACUUUAAAUGGUUAGAUGAUUUGCUUAAAGAAAAAACCACGAAUCUUCUUGUUGUGUUAUCCGGAAGAGUUGCUUCUGCAACAAACUUUAACUGCAAAGAUGAUGGUCCUUUGGGUGUUGUUUUUGAUGAUACGGCCCAAGUGGGUUAUGAGACCAAGUUUGAAGAUGAUGGUUUGAUAAACAAGUCUAUAAAUUUUCUCUUACAACGAAAGGAAGCUCCUUGGUAUCUGGAAGACAGUACGGGUCGGGUGAAGGUAGUGAGAGCUCACGAUGCUCUAGGAUUUGAUAAUACUCUAAAAGUGUAUGUUGAAACGUCACUUGGUGAAUUCUUCGAAAGUCUUUUAUCACCCGAAGAAGGCUCUAAGGUGCUCUAUGGGCAGGCUCUUAAUAUUGGUACCUCCAUGACUGUUGUUGGUGAGGCUGUUAAAGAUAAAGCUGGUAAUCUCAUGAUUCAAGAAUCCAAAGAACAGUCUUUAAUGGUUUUCAGUGGAGAGAAAUCCUUUGAUAAAAUGGUUGGAAACAUGAAGUCAAAUUCAGAGUUUUACAUUUUCUACUCCAAGAUCUUCGGAACUGUUGCUGUGGCUAUAGCCGUCGUGUACGGUGUGGAUUUUGUAAGAAAGGUUUUGUUACCAUUCGUGUGGAAGAAAAAGGACUUAGGUAACAACAACAGAUCAGAGAAUGAUAACUCAGACAGCGAAGAUUAAGACAUCAGUGAUUGCUAGGACUCCGGCUAAAGUCUCACUCAGGGAGAAGAAUUAGGCAACGAAUUGAUUUCGCGAGACACUUCUAAUUUA